AAUCUAAUGUUUCAAUUUGAUUCCAUUUUCGUGUAAUCCAUCGGUUCGUUUUUAGCUGCUCUCUGCUUGCUGCAGCACGCGCAGGUGCAAUGACCCGGAUUUAAUGUAGAGUCGGCUAGUUGUUGCUCGUUCACAAGAUGUUGUCUAAAAAGAGAAAAGUUGAUUCUGAGGGUCGCAUCUUUCAGGAAAAAUGGAGAGAGAAAUACUUUUUCUGGGAAGUAGGGGGAAAACCUGUUUGUCUGAUUUGUUCGCAACAAGUGGCUGUAUCGAAGGAAUACAAUGUCAAAAGACAUUACGAGACCCACGCCGACAAAUACAGCCAAUUCACCGGGCAACGCAGGACUGAAAAGCUAAAUGAGCUUGCCUCAAACCUUCAAAAACAGCAAGCAGCUUUCUCAAAGUCUCGAGAGACACAUGAAGGGGCAGUGAAGGCGAGCUACAUCAUCGCGUGGGAGAUCGCAAAAGUGUCCAAGCCAUUUUCGGAGGGUGCAUUCAUCAAGGAUAAAUACGCAUCUGUUGGAAUCCAAUCUUUCUAUCAGUCAUUGCCACCAGAGUACCCAAUUAUCACGGCCUUUGCCGGUAAAAUACUCUGUAUGUUCGGGACAACAUAUUUAUGUGAACAGGCAUUUUCAGUAACGAAUAUUAAUAAAUCGAAACUGCGUAGUCGUCUGACCCAUGGACAUCUCAACGAUGUCAUGAAAAUAGUAACUGCCCAGAGUCUGUCCCCCAAUGUCGACAAGCUGGUAAAAAGUAAAAGACUUCUGGCUUCCACAUGUAAAAUGUAGCUGGUAUUUCUCCCCCAUGUAACCUUGUGCUGUGUGCUUGAGGGGGAAUAAACAGGAUGGCUGUGUGGAAAUAUAUGUGGGACUUGACCAGCAAAGUUAAUGUGCCAUCUGUAGUUUGUUUUUAUUGGUAUGUUCAGUCAUAUUUGGCUCUUUUAAACUAAUGCUACUGGAUAUUUAGUCACUUGACCUAUUGGUGGAAUUAUUUACCCUGGCACUUCUUUCUUUUGACUCGUUUAGGCCUACUUGCCAAUCGUUUUAAUUGGCCUAAUUAGGCCUAUGCAUUGACAUGUUUUUGAUGUGCAAGAUCAAUAAA